GCAUUUCGGUGUUAUUACAGUUCAGUGCAUGGGAAUUCGUCCGUCCUGAUCGCGCGCGUGCCAUCGCUCGCCGAUACCGUGUACUUCUUCGCGGCGGUGACUUCGAAAUCACAAUAAAUAAUGGUUUUUCACAAAAAUUUCAUAAUGCCGCAUUUGACUGUGUACGAUACGUGACGAAUUCCAUGCGCGCAAUUUUCAGAAAGCUCGCUAGAUUCAGCUCCUUGAUAGGACUGAAGUCUGAAUAGAUUCUCGAAUCUAAAUUACAAUCGCAUAGCUUGAAUGGUGAUAUUAUGUGUGAUAAUUGUCGGAAAAUAUCCAAGAUAUUUCUGAUAACCGCUUAUCAUGAUAAAUGAGGAUAAUGUGUGGAGUGAACUGGCGAGUAUUCCCGCUGAUCCUCCUGAAAUGAGAGACAAAUGCUCACAAUGCAAGAGACCCGUGCAAGUAUGUUGGUGUCCGGGUUUACCGAAGCAACGUCUCAAUCCAGCGUCAAGAGUAAUAAUCUUGCAACAUCCAGCUGAGGCGAAACGUUGUUUACGUACAGUGCCAAUGCUAGCAUUAGCCUUAGAACCAGGAAAGUGCCUAGUUUACAGAGGAAAGAAGUUUCCAUUGCCUAUACACGAAGGUCUAGCAGAGAUUUUAAAUGAUAAGAAUACUAUUUUGCUAUAUCCAUCGCCUGGAGCUGUCGCACUAGAUACACUGGAUCCAGUUGGGAUCAAUGAACAAAAAGCGUACAACUUGGUUCUGUUAGAUGGGACAUGGCCGCAAGCAAAGGCGAUAUAUCACUCAAGCCCGUCCUUGUAUUUUCUACGCGCUUGCAAGCUGAUCGGCGUGCCCACCAGCGAGUACGUGAUCAGGACACAGCCGACAGAAGGUUGUCUCUCAACGCUAGAAACAGGCGCGAGUGCACUCUCGAUUUUGGAGGGUGAUCCUGAACUGAGGGAGAAAAUGUUAGGUCCGUUGCAUUAUCUGUGCAGGUUUCAGUUGGAAAACGGCGCGGUGACGCACCAGAGUAAGGAGUUUCUCAUCAAGCAAAAAACUUAUCCGAAGUUGAUCGGCAAAAGACUCGCCAAACAGUUACGCAUAUUACCGGACGGCACGUCGUAACGUUAGUUUUCACGUGUGUCUGACUGAGUUCUGUGAGAAGAAGAAGAAGAAGAGGCGCUUCUCAAUGUGAUAUUCGACAAAGGAGAAGCAUCGAGUGAAACGUCGGACUCGCAAUAUAUUCCUUUUAUUUGUACUUACAAUAAAUUUUAAUAUAUUUC